AUGGUAACAUUAAAAAACAUAAACACUGGUGAAAUUGAAAACUUAUACGUAGAGCACAAGACUAACAAUGUGCUAGUGAAUUGCCCCCACUACUUGGUGAACUCACCAUCAAAGAAGAUAGAAAAGCUUUUUAAUCUAUUGGUUAUAGAAGACCCAAGGGAAACUGUUGAUGAUGGAAUUGCAUACAUCAAGCAUAUGCUUAACAUGUCAAUUCCCAGAGAAAAGAUUGAAGAUGCCAUGGACAUGGCUAAAGAGAAUGUGAUUCAAUGGAAUUAUAGAUGUAACACAACAUCUAAUAUAUUAGUUAUUUUGAAACUCUUUUUUGAUUAA